AUGCAGCUUUUACAAAACAAGUUUACCAAAACCUUUUAUGAGGAAUGUUUUGAGGAGAUUGAGCUGAUAGGGAAGGGAGGGUUCGGUGAAGUGUAUAAAGUAAGGGAUAUAGUAGAGCAAGAGGUGUGCGCGGUUAAGAUUGUGAAGUUUCUUGAGAACAUUGACGACAGUAAACGACAGGAAAUCAUAAGAGAGGUGCAAAAUCUAGCGAAUUUGCGGUCAGAAUAUAUUGUUAAUUAUCGCAACUCAUGGCUAGAAAAUAAUCAAAUGUAUAUUGAAAUGGAUUUUUAUACACAAAAUCUACAGACAAUUAUUGAUAACAAACACUUAGUCUUCGGGAGACAAACGGGAGAACCGAUGAAAGUAUUUGAAUAUUUUCUUUGCUGUGAAAUAUUCACAGAGCUCUUAGAGAGUGUGCGGUAUUUGCAUGAGUUGUGUCCACCGGUUAUCCAUCGGGACCUCAAACCGGCAAAUGUGUUGAUUUCACUCAAUAGUAAUAAUAAUCGGUUUAUAAAGAUCUGUGAUUUCGGUUCCGCCACUUAUCACAACAUGUCAUCUAUGAGUCACAGCAGAAAUGUCGGUACUUCACGAUAUAUGGCACCAGAAUUUAUUUAUACUAAAUAUAACAUCAAAGUAGACAUCUAUAGCCUGGGAGUGAUUGCAUUUGAUUUGUUUAAUUUGUUUGAUAUUCGCGUUCAUUAUUACGGAUCACUCGGUUUGGGACACAAUAGGGCUGUCAAUACACCGCAUAUUAUACCACAAUUAUGUCAACAAAAUAUACAACAAUUUAUUUGUGGCGCGGAUUUUGUUUUAUCCAUUAAUAACAAAAACUCUAUACACGGGUGGGGCCGGAAUGGGUUGGCACAUUGUGGUUAUUGUCACUCACUUGUGGUCACCGGUGAUGACUGUGUCUACGGAUGGGGUUAUAAUAGAGACGGACAGUUAGGUUGUGGGGAACAGAACGCGACUAAAUUAAUAACUCCAAUGCAAAUACACUUUAUUGACAACGAGAUUGAGUAUAAAAUACGUGGUGUUUAUUGUUAUGCGAAUUCCUCGUUUGCCGUCACAACUGAUGGCCGAGUCUUCGGUUGGGGUCGAAAUGACUGCAAUUUGGGACACAAUAUAUCGGAUAAUAUUAAAAUAAUCUAA